AUGUUCAAGGGUCUUGUUGGUAUCGUCACGGGGGGCGCGUCAGGCCUGGGAAAAGCAACUGUUGAACAGUUGCUAAAACAAGGAGGACGUGUUGUAAUAUGUGAUCUACCAUCAAGUCCAGGGGCUGACGUCGCCAAGCAAUUGGGAAAUGAUACAGCAUUUGUUCCCGUAGAUGUUACAUCAGAAAAAGAUAUUAGGAAUGCUCUUCAGACAACAGUGGACAAGUUUGGAAGAUUAGAUGUAGCUGUCAACUGUGCUGGAAUCGCAACUGCCUCUAGAAUAUACAACUUCAAGAAAGAACAACCAUUUGAUUUAAAAUCCUUUCAAAAAACUAUCGAGGUGAACCUAGUGGGCACAUUUAAUGUGAUUCGACUUGUGGCUGGAUUAAUUGGCAAGAAUGCUCCUAAUGCUGAUGGUCAGAGAGGUGUUAUUAUAAAUACAGCCAGUAUAGCAGCCUUUGAUGGUCAGAUUGGUCAAGCUGCUUACUCAGCGUCGAAGGCUGGUGUUGUUGGUAUGACGCUGCCCGUGGCCCGGGAUCUUGCUAGGCAAGGCAUUCGAGUCGUGACAAUAGCACCAGGUCUAUUUAGAACACCAAUGAUGGAACAAUUGCCGGAAGCAGCUAUUAAGCAGCUGGAGUCAUCUGUGCCAUUUCCAUCAAGAUUGGGCCAGCCAGAAGAAUAUGCUUUGCUAGUGCAAAGUAUUAUACAGAACCCAAUGAUAAAUGGAGAAACAAUUAGACUCGAUGGAUCCCUUAGAAUGCAACCUUAA